UUAUUUGAACAAAACAGCUGGUUUUCAAAAAACAGCUGUUCGAUGCUGCAAAUAUCUGCUAGGAAAAAAACAUCUAUUAGAAAUUUGAAAGCUCCCAACUACGAAACUCUCAAAACUGUGCUUGCUCUCACGUACUCUCCCUCUUUUCUGCUGGUAAAUAAAGUACACGAACGACCUCCAGUAACAAUUGUAGUGCAAAUUUGCGAUAAUUUUCUAGUACUCGAACACACCUUAUAUGAUUCUACCAUGAUGAUAACAAAAAAAUUCACAAUAGAUAAACAAAGCAAAAAAUCACAACAAAUCCAAUUAAUCGACUUCUUAACCGAUUAUUGUCUUUUUUACCUCUAAAAGUUGGCUUUGACUCUUCGGCAUUUCCACAACAAUACAAAUGUAGAAGGCUUUUUGCAACGUUUUUUACGCGCCUAUUUAUUUAUUUUUUGUGUUAAGCUUUUAUAAUAAUACAAAAAUAAUAAAUAAUACUAUUAUUAAGAUAACCUGAUCGUUACAAAUUUAAGCUCAAACAUGGCAACUAAGGAGGGAAGUCAGGCGCAGAACUGGAAGCGACCGGAUGAGCUCAUGCGACUGCAGAGAUUGAAGCAAAAGAAAAAACAACUGGCCGCACGUUUUAAUUGCAACAACAAUAAUAAUAAUGCUAAGUAUACAGUUACGGAAACGGACAAAGCAACGCUACUGGAGGCUAAGAUGGCACAAAAACGUAAGAAUCCCUUUGCCAAAUCAACAGAAACUAGCAAAAAAGCCAAAACUGACUUAAAACCAGAUUUAGAAGAUUCCCUUAUGGAUUUUAUUAGAUCACCGGCCGUUCCCAAAGUGGAAGCAUUUAUAAAGGAGACUCCAACUCGACCCCCGCCUGCCAAAUUAGUUUUGCAACCAUUCGAUGCAAGUUCGUUUGCAAAACUAUUGCAACAACCAACUGCUGGUGUUGAGGAUGAUGAUACUGAAGUAGUCGAACAGAAUAUAACCAAGCAUUUACCCAUGGACUGGAGCAUUAAAACGAGGGUGCGUUUCUUUUGUCGCUCCGAACUACCUGCUACGCAGUUGAAAACCAGUCAAAUUGCCAGUGGUUUGACAAGUUUUGUGCGUUGCCUCGACACUCAGAAAGAGGAUGAAAAUGGACUGGACAUUUCUCCAGCGACGAGGUUUAACCAGGCCACAUAUUACUGGCAACAUCCUCAUAUACCAUGGAUGACAUUGUUUCCUCGAAAUUCUCGUGAUAACACUGGCAUCACUAUUGGUGAACGGGAGCGUAAGGCGCUGGCCGAAGACUGGGACUAUAGUUUUAGAGGUCUAUUCCAAUUAUUGCGCGCUAGGCAAUGUGCCUAUUUUUAUUUAUGUGCAAAUGGUUUUACUGUUUUAUUCAGAGCGGCCGGAACUGGUGGAAGGGCAGAAAUCCAUGCCUUCAUGACCCCAUCUACGAGAGGUAUGCGCCAAGCUUUACGCCAAGAGGGCAUUGAAUACUCCAUGCCUUUAAAAAAAGAUGGUCCUGGAGGACUUAACAAAUCUCUAGAGGGAGAAGACAACAGUACUUCACCUACAAAUGGUUUCACUACUAAAUCGGAAGUAAUUAAUGAUGCCAAAGAAAGCGACGGCGAUGAAGACGAUGAUGAAGAAGAGGGAGACGAUUGGCUACAGAGUCUUGGGGUGGACGAGAAAGAAAUACGUAAAAUACAAACAGCCCACCACCGCAAACUUAAGGUGCAAGAAAUGGCAGAAGACUUUAGUGACAACUCUUUGCUACUAAUCGAAGGAGUGGAAUGCCAGGGGUUCUUUAGCUUUUUGUUGAAUGCAAAAAGUACAAUUAGUUCAGUAGGCCGAUUGGCUGGAGUACCCCCAACGCUGUUGUCCCCGGUUGCAUUUCCCAAAGCAACAAUGCAACAUUUAACAACACGAUCAAGUAAAGUGCGCAUGGAUGGUGUGGAUUAUUGCAGCAUAGAGGUUAAAGGAACUAUAUUGCCGUCUUUCCUCCCAUAUGUUUGUCAAUUACUAGGAGAGACUAAAGACACAUUUAGCGCCACAUUAGCUUCAUCAAUGAACACAUUGGCGUUUAGUAAAGCCACGCAUAAACUGCUUAUGGACGAUUCUGCGGGUCAGAAUCAAAACAUAGAAAUUGGAAAGACGGAACCAAAUAAUGGUGGCGAAGAUAAUGCUGCUGGCCAAGUUUUUGGCAAGGAGAAUCUUUCAGAUUGUGGACUACAAGCCUAUGUUGUGGAAAACAUGUGCCGUACAGGAAGUCAAGCUGUUACUCUAUUGGAGCGUGUUUGUUAUGACAAGGAAUACGGUUAUGCGUGGAGCUAGCUUUGGCUUAUAAACCAUUCGGGCCUCAGAUCGUUUCUCAAUCAUCAUGAAGGCUAUUCUUUACACGUUUGUGAGUGCUGGUAGCGUAAGGGCGAUUUUUUACAACAAAUUUCAAUAAGUAUUAAUUUUUUUACAAUCUGCAGCAUCUGGACAAGUUAGGCAAAAGUUUUGAACUACUGAUAGUUCAUAAAACUUUUCCACCUAAACUUUUCUGAUUUCGGUCUAAAGGGGCUUGUUACCGGCAGAAUGGCAAUUACAAGACAUUGACAUUUUUAUAAUAGAUUGCCAAUUAAUUAAACAAACCUUUCCAAAUGGUUUUACAUGAAAUAUGCUUCUAAGAAAUAAAUAUUAUUAAUUUUUUAAAGA